CCUCCGGGCGCCGGAACCCGGAAGCCGCUGAGGCGACCGGGCUGGGCGGCGGCUUAGUUCGCCUCUCGCUGGGUCACGGGCCCCUGAGGCGAGACUUAAACGUUUUCCGCUCGCGGUUGCGAGCGCGAGUGGCUCCUCCCGCCGUAACCGGCCGAGAGACGGCUCAGGGCAGAGCAGCGACAUGGAAGCCGAGGACUUCCAAGACGAGCUGACCUGCUCCAUCUGCCUGGAUUAUUUUGAGGACCCAGUGUCCAUCGAGUGCGGGCACAACUUCUGCCGCCGCUGCCUGAGCCGCAGCUGGACGCCGAGUGGCGGCUGCUUCCUCUGUCCCGAGUGCCGGCAGCCGUCAGCGCCCGGCGCGAUGCGGCCAAACUGGGCCCUGGCCAGGAUGACGGAAAAGAGGCGGCGCCGGCACCAGGGCCCAGCGCCUCAGAACCUGUGCAGCCGCCACCGGGAACCGCUGCGGCUCUUCUGCGAGGUCGACCAGCGGCCUGUGUGCUUGGUCUGCAGGGAGUCCCGGGAGCACCGGGCCCACGCCAUGGCUCCCAUCGACGAGGCCUUUCAGAACUACCGGGAGAAACUUCGUAGUUCUGAAUGUAGUCUUACAGUCAAGAUGAAGACAAUUGUGCGGUUACAGGAAACAGAACUGAAGAAUGCUACAAAGUGGAAGGAAAAGAUAAAGAAUCAGCAAAUGAGAAUCAGCACGGAAUUUUCAAAGCUACACCACUUCCUGGCUGAUGAAGAGCAACUGAUUCUUCAGAGGCUGAGAGAAGAAGAAGAAGAAACACAGAAGAAAAUGAAUGAGAACAUGUUAAUGCUCAAUCAAAUGAUCACUUCCAUGAAGAAGCUCAUCUUAGAAGUGGGAGAGAAAAGCCAGGCCUCCAGCCUGGAACUGCUCCAGAAUCCAAAAGAUGUGCUGAUCAGGUGUGAAAACCAAGGAGAUGUGAACUAUUCCCCUGAAGUUCUAAAUGUGAAGACUGUGUGCCAGAUACCAAUGAUGAAGGAAAUGCUCAAGAGAUUCCAAGGUUUAGGAAUUAAGGUGAUGCUGGCUUCAUAGAAAGAAUUUGUGAAGAUUCCCUCCCUUUCAAUUGUUUUGAGUAACUUGAUAAGAAUUGAGGUUAGUUCUUUUUUUUUUUUUUUGGCUUAGAAACAUCAUUUAUUAGCUAUGACAGGGAAGAGGAACAGUAACCAUUGUGAAAUAGGAUGAAAACCAUCUUCUUAUUUAAAGGCUUAAAUGUGAAUCGUUUAAAUAUAUUCAUUAAAAGAUAAAGAUUGACAAAGUGAGUAUAAUAACAAUAUUCGGCUACCUCUUGUCUUUUGGACAUUCACUAAAUAUACUGAUUCAGACAAGUUCAAAUAAAGCGAUAGCAAAAGAUAUGUUAAAACUAAUUGAAAGAAAGCUGGAGGUACUACACUAAUUUCAGAUAAAUGGAAUUCAGAACAAGGAAAAUUAUCAGAGACAAACAGGAAGAUUACUUAAUGAUUAGGCAGCCAUUGCUUUAAAACCUAGCAAAUUUGUGUAUACACCUAAAUUCAGAACUGAAAAAUAUACUUCAAAAACCUACAGAAUGAGGGUGGGCAUUCUGGCAAAGCAGGGUACUCCACUGCUUGGGACACCUGUAUUCCAUUUUGGAGUGCUGUUUGGAAUUCUAGAUGCUCCCCUCUCAAUCCAUCUCUCUGUCUUUCUGCUGCAUGGUUGACCAGGAUGGAAUUCCUGGCUUAAGCCUGCCCAGCUCCAGGUAUUGCAGCCAUUUCAAGUGUGAAACAGUGAAUGGAAGAUCUCUCUCUCUUUCUGUUUCUCUCUCUCUUUCUCUCUCUCUCUCUUGCGCGUGCGCGUCUGCUCUCUCUGUCUCUCCCCACUCCUGCUCUACCCAGACACCCUAACUUUCAAAUAAAUAAAUAUUUUUUAAAAAUUGACAAAAUUUCAAGGAGAGAGAGAAAGUUCCACUAUUAUAUUUGGGAACAUCAAUCUUCCAUUAAUUGGCUGUUCAAAAAUGCAAAAAACCAGAAGCAUAAAUUUGGCUUUAAUAACCUUAUCAAUUACUUUGGUCUAAUAAUAUUUACAGAAUUCUUUGUCCAACAAGAUCAAGCUUCCAUGGAUGGACCACAGUCUGGACAACAAAAUACACCUGAAACUGUGAAUGUUCACAAAACACAUGAAGAAUGUUCCCAGAUAAUAAAUUUUAAGAAACUGUAGCAAGAAGAACAAUUGAAGCAUGAAAAAGAAAAGGAAUGAAAAUUGAAGUAUAAAUGAAUAAUAUUGAAAAAUAGGAAAAUAAUAUAUGAAAAUCAGCAAAACCAAAAGAUACUUCAGUGAAAUAACAAAUUCAUAAACCUCUCUCCAUGCUCAUUAAGAAAAGAGAAAGACAGAAAUUACCAGUAUCAGAAAUCAAAGAGUGGCCAUCAUUGGAAAUGAACAUUAAUGUUCCAUGGAAACUUAAGGAUAAUAAGGGGCUACUAAAAUCACUAUGCACAAAAAUUUGAUAACUUAAAUGAACAGAACAAUUGCUUGAAACACAAAUUGCCAAUACUUACACAAAAAGAAAUAUAAUCAGUCAAGGCCCAUUUCCUUUAAAAGAAUUGAAUCAAAGAUGCAUACUUCUUCCCACCACCACCAAAAAAAAGGAAUGAAAAUAUCAGGCAAGGGUAACUCAUAGUUGAAUUCUACCAUACAUUCCAAGUACAAAAAAGGACAACUCUCUACCAUUUCCUCUUGAGGUCUGAAGUGUAGAUAAUAAUUUAUAACUCAAUUGGUGAAAUCAGCAUUACCUUAAUAAAAAACUUGUUAAACUUCUAAGAAAGGAAAACUAUAGAAAAACAUUUCACAUGAACAAAGAUGCAAAAUAAAAAUAGAAAGCAAAAUAAUAAUAGGUAAAAUCCAACAAUUUUAUGUAGUACAAGCAAGUGGUAUUUAUCCCACGUAAGCAAGGCUGUCAGCAUUUUAAAAAAUCAAUAAAUUGGACAUACUACACAAACUGCAAAAAUGUUAAAUGAUUACAUCAACUUUUGUAGAAGAUAUUUGGCAUAAAAAAACUGAGCAAACAAGGAACAGAAGAGAAAUUCCUCAUCUAGAUAAAGUAUAUCUACCAAAACCAGCUUUAAUAGUGAAAUUGGACAGUUUUCCCUUAAGUUGGAGAAAGGGGAAAGUGUCUUUUUCUCACCACUACUUUUCAGUGUUAUGGUGGAAUUACUAGACAGUGCAGUAACACAAAGAAAGGAUACAAAAUGCAUACAUAUUGGGAAGGAAGACAUAAAACUGCUAGCAAAUGUCAUUAUUGCAUGUAUAGAAAAUUCAAAAGUACAUCAUAAGUACCCCUGGAACAAUGUUAGUGUAGCAAAGUGGCGAAUUACAUGUACAAUUCCAUUGUUGUUCCAUGUAUGGGUAAGAGCUAGGAUUUGAAAUUUAAAAACAAAAUUAAGCAUCAUUUAAAAUUGCAUCAGGUUAAGAAGCAAAACCCAAUCGGUGUCUUUUAACUGGACAGUUCAGGCCAUUAACGUUCAAUGUGACUAAUGAAAAGUGGUAACUUUGCCCUGCCAUUUGCCAAAGAUAAGUUCUAAUAUAUGCUUUGAAUUCCCUGUGAUCUUUUGCUGUGAGGUUUCCUUCCUUUAUCUUCUUUCAUACUGAUGAUCGUGUUUCUGUGUUUCUGUGUGUAACACAUCUUUAAGCAUCUGUUGCAGGGCUGGACGAGUGGCGACAAAUUCUUUCAAUUUCUGUUUGUUAUGAAA